GUCACUUACAGUCGCAGCGCUGAGACCGUACAAGCCACAAAACCACACACCAAUGCUUUUGGCCAGUAUUGCAUCGCGGCGAUUUCUCGCUGCAUCUUCCGUCGCGAUGACGGCUCCAGCGCGGAUGGCCGUCGCUGCAUUCAGCACCUCGGCGUUCGCUGCUGCUGGUGCUGGUGCUGGUUCUGGCUCUGAUGCGGCGAGCGGACGCGUGUUUGACGUUACGUCCGAGGCCGACUUUCAGCAGCGUGUCAUCGACGCCAAGGUCCCUGUCAUUGUCGACUUCUGGGCGGCUUGGUGCGGUCCGUGCCGUGCAUUGACGCCGACGUUGACCCGCGUUGUCGGCGAAAGCUCGACUGAGGUCCAUCUCGCCAAGGUGAACGUGGAUGAGGUUGGCGACAUUGCGGCCAAGUACCAGAUCUCUUCGAUUCCUGCAGUGUUUGCUUUCAAGAACGGAGCUGUCAGUGACCAAUUCGUUGGCGCGCUGCCCUACCCAAAGGUCAAAUCGUUCGUCGACAAGCUCGCUUCCCAGUCGUAGUGGAUUGACCAGCUUUUUUCGGCACCAGCCUCUUUUCGUUCUCCCCUAUAUCGAUCCACGUCUUUUCUUGUUGGUUGAUAAGACUCCUGCAUGCCGGGGUGCGCUUCCGUUCACACUCUUCGCACUCUUCGCACUCUUCGCACUCUUCGCACUGUUCGCACUUUUCAUGUCCUCCCUUCAAAAGCGC